AUGAGGCUUAUAGAAGCGAAAGUACUAGUCGAAACUCAGUGCAUCUCCUUCAAGGAAUUCUACGGGGAUCUACCAGAAUACGCUAUCCUCUCACAUACGUGGGAAGCUGAUGGAGAAGUCACCUUCCAAGAGUGCAAUGUCGAAGCUUCCAAGUCAAAGACAGGAUACGAAAAGAUCACAAAAACAUGUGAGCUAGCCCUCGCAGAUAAGGUCCAGUACGUGUGGGUCGAUACAUGCUGUAUCGACAAGUCCAGCAGUGCCGAACUUACCGAAGUCAUUAACUCUAUGUUCCUCUGGUAUCAAAAAGCCAAGUUCUGCUAUGUGUAUCUAUCCGAUAAGGUUGAGCAAUUCCCACUUGCAAAAUGCAGGUGGUUCACUCGGGGUUGGACAUUGCAAGAGUUGAUUGCUCCCGCGUCUGUCGCAUUCUACAAUCAAGCCUGGGACUGUAUCGGCUCCAAAUGGAGUCUCUUGGGCUCUCUUUCGCACAUCACAUCCAUUGAACAAGAGUUUCUGGGCCACGUAGCGCCUAUUUCUUCGGCAUGCAUCGCAAAGCGACUCUCAUGGGCUGCAAACCGAGAGACUACUCGUAUAGAGGAUAUGGCGUACUGUUUGCUUGGUAUAUGCGGUAUCAAUAUGCCAAUGCUGUACGGAGAGGGCGAUAACGCGUUUCGUCGUCUCCAAGAAGAAAUCAUCAAAACAACGUACGAUUUAAGCCUUCUUGCCUGGACGCCACCAUUUUCCACAGCGGAAGAGUACUGUGGAUUCCUUGCCACGUCAGUGCAGCACUUCGCUUCUUGUUCAAAGAUGUACUCGGUGGCAAACUCCCUUCUCGACGAAGGCGAAAUGAGUAUAUCGAACAAAGGGCUCAGGCUCCGCGCUCGUGUGUACUUGCUUGACUAUUCUGAGCUCAGUUACCCCGGACUCGAGGAUAUUACAUAUCGUUAUGUGUUGGAGUUGGACUGUAUGACUCCUGGGUAUGAGGGUGAAUUCUUGACAAUACCCAUGCGAAAGAUAGGCCCGAAUGCGUUUGUGCGAGCGCGAGGCUUUGAAGAAAACAGGGCGAUCCGAAAGAUGACGGCUUCCACUUCGUUUUGCCUCGUCCCUGCAGUGGCAGGAGGUAGUAUAUUCCACAACGUUACUCUUUUGACCAAACUACCCGAACGGAGGAUACAGCGGCCACUGUUACAAGCAAGGCAAUCCGAUCUCGUCUCACACAGUCGCUUCACCAUGGUCACAAUCGAACUGCCUCCUGAUAUCUCAAUAGUCUCUAGCACCGAGCUCCCUAACAAAUUCUGGGAUAUGGAGGACAGCGUAUUUUUUGGCCCUUAUGGGUCGUUUCAGAACUGGGGCGCGUUUGUACUUGACACCAAGUCCUUAUUCCUUUGCUUCUGGCACAAGGGCGCAACCGAAUGGGCUCUGAAAGGAACUUUGCUCGAUAUGAGGACCCCAGGUGUAUAUGCACUAUGGAAAGAUCUGUUUCUUUCGGCGGAUCAGUUGGGAUACCAACAGCCGGUUGUUCAGAAUUUCUUGAACAAUGCGCAAAGCGAGAUGGAGAAUUCUAUUGAAGCCAAGAGUGAGGGACGGAAUAUCAGAUUGUCAUUUACGGUUUGGCGCAAGGAUAAUCCAAACUUGUGUAGCGGGCCAAGAUGGAGGGUUGUUUUUCGAGAAGACGUUCUCAGCAAGUGA